AUGUACGCACCAACCGCCUUCGAACUCCCGAAUGAACUCUGGACGGAAGUCCUGGCCGACCUCCCCCGUUCCUCACUUAUUCACGUUCGUAUGGUGUCGCGCCACUUCUACGCCCUUGCGCACCCGGUCUUCUUCCGGUCACUCAUCCUUGACCCCGACCACCACGCUUCACGUGGUAACCGCGACUUCCUGGGUAUGCUCCAGCUGUACACUGGCCCACACAUCCGCAAACACGUCCGUGACCUGUCUGUGUCAUUCCGUUUUGCCCGCUGCACCCGUAGCCAGCGUUGCAGCGGAAAAGUGAUGCCCCUGUCCGGUCCAAUGCUCGCCGCCAUCCCCACCUUCAGCAGCCUACGCACUCUCGAAUGCGCUUUCCGCCCAACCGAGACCGUCGACCUCAGCGCACUCGGGUUCCACACCCUGCCCAUGCUCGACAAGCUCACCAUUACUGGCGGCAGCAUUGCUUGUCCGCUGCAAUCUGACCCCGCCAGCCGCCUCCGCGUUGCCCACUUCGCAUAUACCGACAUCCCCGGCAUGGAACACGUACUGCAGGCACAGCUGGCCCAUCACGACGGCGCUGGCUUCCGGUCAUUUCUCUCCGCGCUCGACCCGGCCUAUCUUACGGCGCUUACCCUGCGGCCCUCGUACGACGUUUCUCCAGGUGCAUGGCUUUCCCUCGACGCCGGCGUCCAUCCCUCUUUUACCCGCCUGGCCACCGUCGAUAUCAGCGUGGACGGUCCGUUCCUCGGCCCGGUCCGGUCCUUCCUCGCCGCCCUCCCCGCACUGGCCAACGUUGUACUCUCCGGUGCCUUCCGUAGCGCAUGCGACCUCUCCCUCGACACCCCUGCAUGGCCACAAACCCCCGCCCCUGUGGCUAUGACCCGCGUGCGACGCUACACCGGGCCGGCAGAGUACCUCGCGCGUUUACGUUUGCCCAACCUCACGAGCAUCACGCUCACCUCGGCGGGCUGUCGCUGCGCCAUUCGCGGACUGUUCAAGCGGCUGGACACGACGCAGGUCGAGGAGCUAGCGCUGAUGUUGCCGCUCGGGUACAUCCACGAGUGGGUUGACCUCAGUUUCUACGAGGAUGAGGAGGAAUCAAUAUGUUGGCGCAACCGAGAGGAGACGGACGGUGUGUUUGGGCUUUUCCCGCGACUGCGAAGCUUGAGGCUGCGCGUUACGGACAACGCGGAGGACGACAAGGACGUGCUCGACGCGUUUGAUGUGCUGAUUGACGAGAUAGGCGCUGAUGUACCGAAUGCGCUGGUGUCGAUUUUAAGGGAGGCAGACACGGUCAAGAUCCCCCUUGACCAUGUUGUGGUUGAGUGGGACGUUGCUGGUGCGACGGUGGCCGCGCUGCCGGAGAUGGAGGGGCUGUUUGACGUUUUGCAGGGUGUGUCGGAGCGGAUGCGGGAAAUAGAGUUUAAGGGUGGUGUGAGGGACGAAGAUGCUUAUGUUGCGCCGGCAUAG